AAUACAGGUUUUGUAUUAUAAGAAUUCAGGGUGUUUUUUUUGCAAGUUUACAUAUCAAUCGGCAUUCAGGAUUCCCGCGACCGUCCCCGCGAUGAACGACGCGCUUGCGGCCAAACUCCUCCGCCUCAACGCCGGCAGACCGGCCCUCGUAUGGCGCCUCUUCCGGCAACUUCUCUCCUCCCCUGCUAGCUCAAACCCUUCCAUCCCAACCAUUGCCUCCCUCUCCCGCCUCCUUGCUGCCUCCCGCAUGCUCCCCGAGCUCCACCAACUCCGUCUCCUUCUCCUCCCGCGCCGCCCUCCCGACGCAGCCCAUGCUGCCGUAUCCUCCAUCGUCUCCGCCACUGCCGCUUCCGGCCUCAUCGAGGAAGCCCUCCUUCAUUUCCAAUCCCUUCGCUCCCACUUCCCCUCUCACUCCCCCUCCCUCCGGCUCUACAAUACUCUCCUAAACUGCUCCCUCCACCUCCGCCGUCCUGACCUCGUCGAGGUGAUCUACAGGGACAUGCUACUUGCCCGCGUCCCCCUCGACACUUACACUUUCAACAUCUUGAUGUCCUCUUUGUGUGAUUCAGGCCACCUUGUGGAAGCUCGCCAGUUGUUCGAUAAAAUGCCGUCCAAGAAUUGCCUCCCCAAUGAAUUCACCUUCGGGAUUCUGGUACGUGGUUACUGUAAACUAGGGCUCUGUGACACGGCACUUGAGCUUCUCGACGUAAUGGAGAGGCAGGGAUGCUUGCCCAACAUAGUGAUCUAUAAUACACUAAUAUCUAGCCUUUGCAAGGAAGGUUUAGUCAGCAAAGCUGAGAAUUUAGUCGAGUGCAUGAGGAAACACGAUCUUCUUCCUAAUGUAGUCACUUUUAAUUCUAGGAUUUCUGCUCUUUGCAAGGCAGGCAGGGUUUUGGAUGCUUACCAGAUUUUCCUGGACAUGCAGGAGGAUCAAGAGUUGGGUUUGCCUUUGCCAAAUCAAAUUACAUUUAAUCUAAUAUUGGAUGGGUUUUGUAAGGCAGGCAUGUUGGAGAAAGCCAGGUCCUUGGUAGAUUUGAUGAAAGGUAGGGGAUUGUUUAAAAGCACAGUGAGUUACAAUAUAUGGUUGUCAGGGUUGGUGAAGUGCAGAAGGCCUCUAGAGGCUCAACAGCUGUUGGUAUAUAUGGUCGAACAGGGUGUCGAACCUAAUUUAUACACAUAUAACAUUAUCAUUGAUGGACUUUGUAAAGAAGGGAUGAUCAUUGGUGCUAGAUCAGUGAUGAGUUUGAUGAGAAAGAAUGGAUUGUCACCAGACACAGUCACUUACAGCAGCCUGCUUCAAUGGUACUGCACAAAAAGAAAUGUAUCAGGGGCUAUCAGAAUUCUUCACGAAAUGGCCAGUAGUGGAUGUUUUCCUAACUUUUUUAGUUGUAAUAUACUGUUGAAAAGUUUGUGGAAAGAGGGCAGAAGUUCAGAGGCAGAGAAAUUAUUACAAAAAAUGAUUGAGAAAUCUUACAAUCUAGAUAUUGUAACUUGCAAUAUCAUCAUUAAUGGUUUAUGCAAAAGUGGUAAGUUGGAUAAAGCAGUUAAGAUUGUUAAUGGAAUGUGGCAGCAUGGAAGUGCAGCCUUGGGUGAACUUGGAAAUGCUUUCCUUGGUCUGAUAGAUACUAGUAAACACAAUAAAUGUUGCCCUAAUGGGAUCACAUAUUCCAUUUUGAUUAAUCACUUGUGUAAGGAUGGAAGAUUGGAUGAAGCUAAGAAGUUAGUAAUUGAAAUGCUUGGGAAGAAUAUUGCUCCAAAUUCUCUUAUCUAUGACACUUUUGUAAAUGCCUAUUGUAAGCAAGGAAAAGUGUCAUCGGCUUUUAAGGUUAUAACGGACAUGGAGAAGAAACGGUGUCCGCUAAGCACAAAAACUUACAACUUGUUGAUUUGGGCUUUGGAUAGAAAAGGCAAGCUAAAUGAAAUAGAUGUUUUGAUAAAUGAAAUGCAACAACAAGGAAUUCAGAAGGAUGUUAUAACUUAUAACAACAUGAUUCAUGCCCUUUGUGAUUGUGAAAUGGUGCGUAAAGCUGCCUCACUUUUAGAGGAGAUGCUUCAAAAUUCCAUUGUUCCUAAUGUAGCUUCUUUCAGUCUAUUGAUUAAGGGCUUCUGCAAGAUUUCUGAUUUUAAUUCAGCACGGGAUAUGCUUAAUGAAGCUUUAAUUGCAUGUGGAGAAACAGAAAUUCUCUAUAGCGUAAUGUGUAACGAGUACUGCUUAUAUGGAAAGGUGUUAGAAGCCAAGGAAAUACUUCAAAUAGCUCUAAACAAGGGGUUUCCUUUGAGGUAUUUCCAGUACAAGAAUCUUAUCGAGGGCCUUUGCAAGGAAGACAAGAUAGAUGAUGGGCACAACUUACUCAAUGCUAUGAUUGCUAAAGGUCAUCUAUUGGACCCUGCAGCAUUUAUGCCGGUAAUUGAUGCAAUGGAGAACAGGGGAAAGAAACAUGAGACUGAUAAGCUUUCCGAGAAGAUGAUGGACAUGGCAGCUGCUCAUCAUGAUGGAUCUAAGGUUUCUUUAACCGGUCAUAUGUUGGGGGAAUCAAACUUGAUAAUCCAAAAACAAAAGAAAGAUGUUUCCUCUAAAAAUGAAUGGCACAAUCUUCUACACAAAGAUGAUGGAAGUGGAAUAGCAUUGAAAGUUUUAAAGAGAGUCCAAAAGGGCUGGGGUCAAGGAAGUAUCACAACCCCAUGAAUGCAGGAUAUUGAUUCAUGGAUGAGUGGGAAAGCGCCAAUCCAUUUCAAUUGUUUUAUCAAUAUGAAAAGUUGGCCGCCCCAUUUUCAUAUUUGAUUCUCUCUGACUUGGACUGAUCAGUUCUCAUCGAAGCCAUCCAAAUCAAGCUUCAAACUGCUUACCUUGACCUCGAGAUGUUUUGUCACAUAAUGGAUCAGUUGUGACUAAUCUAAUCUUACAAUCUCAUUCAGGUUGACUUGAAUCAAGCGAAAGAUGACGGGCAUGUGGGUCUGAGCAUAAAGUUGUGCGCUCAAAAGGGUAUCAUCAAGCUUAUAGAGGUAUUCAAAACCUGAAACUUAUUUUUAUGUAAUUUGGAAAGGAUGUAAUUGCAUGCAAGUAUCCUACCUAUGUUGAAGUUUAUAACCUAGGAGCUCAUAUUAGAAGGUCAAUCAUGUUAUUUCCUUUUGUAAGUCUCAAAUAUCAAUAAUUGAAGGAUUCUUUAUGUUUGAAUUACAAAAUCUUGAAUCUAUACGUGUAGACUUAACCAAAAUCAAAGUCGAGUUGUUAAGAUACUUUAGAGAGGUUUAAUGCUCAAAAUGCUAUCAUCUGAACACUUCGAAGGUUGGUCAAAUCAAAUAUUUGUGAAAGAGAGCUUUAGCGUGAGUAAAAUUACUGUCAUGAUCCUUCUCCAAAGUCUCAUAGUGGGCACCAUUGCUUGAGAUUUUCAUUUGACAAAGCCUCCCCAGAGCCCAAAACUCGAAUCUUAGGACCUAAGAGCUUCUUUACUUAUUUUAUAUUCUAUAUGUAAAACUGUUGAUAG